AUGGCAUGUUCACAGGUCUCUCUCUCUGUCUGUCUGUCUCUCUCUCUCUCUCUCUCUCUCUCUCCAUAUCUCUCUUCCCAUAUCUAUCUAUCUAUCUAUCUAUCUCAGUCUGUUCAUAUCUAUCUAUCUAUCUCUUUUCAUAACUAUCUAUCUAUAUAUCUAAAUCUGUUCAUAACUAUCUAUGUAUCUCAGUCUGUUCAUAUCUAUCUAUCUAUCUAUCUAUCUAUCUAUCUAUCUAUCUAUCUAUCUAUCUAUCUAUCUCAGGCAGUUCAUAAAUAUCUGUGUCUAAGUCUGUUCAUAUCUAUCUAUCUAUCUAUCUAUCUAUCUAUCUAUCUAUCUCAAUCAGUUCAUAACUCAGUGUGUUUAUAUCUAUCUAUCUAUCUAUCUAUCUAUCUAUCUAUCUAUCUAUCUAUCUAUCUAUGUUACAACACUAUCUAUCUAUCUAUCUAUCUAUCUAUGUUACAACACUAUCUAUCUAUCUAUCUAUCUAUCUAUCUAUCUAUCUAUCUAUAUCCAUGCAUACCUUUUUCCAUCUUGUUUGUUUGCUUCUUUCUUUCUUUCUUUCUUUUUUUUUUCUUCUUUCUUUGCUUCUUCUUUUACUCUUUUUUCUUCUUUUAUGUCAAACUCUCUUCGUUCUUUCUUUUUUGCCAUUGUUUUUUUCCUUACACGUUUUUUUUCUUUUGCCCUCUUUCUUUCUCUUAUUAUUCAAUCCUUGUUCCUCUUUCUUUCUUUAUUCUCCCUAUUUUUAUUUUCUUUCUUUAUCCUGUCAGCCUUCUUUCGUUCUUUCUUUCUUUCUUUCACUUUUCAUUCUUUUUAUCUCUUUCUUUACACGUUAUUCGUCUUUUAUCCCAGCCUUUUCUCUUUCUUCCUUUUAUCUUUGUUCCCCUUUUUUCGUUCUUUCUUUCUUUCUUUCUUUCUUUCUUUUUACUUUCUUUCUUUACCCGUCAGCAUUCCUUCUUUCUGUCUUUGCCUUUACUUAUCUUUUAUUUCAUUUUUUUAUCUUGUUUGUUUCUUUUUAUCUUUGUGUUUGUUUGCUUCUCGAUGUCUUUCUUUCUUUCUUUCUUUCUUUCUUUCUUUCUUUCUUUCUUUAUUUACACGCUUUUCUUCUUUCACCUCAGUCUUUCUCUCUCUAAUUCUUUCAUCUUUCUUCUUCUUUCUAUCAUUCUUUUAUCCUUAGUCGUUCUCUUUUUCUUUAGCCCUUUUUUCUUUUAUGUCAGACUUUCCUCUUUUAUUUUUUUGUCUUUAUAUCUCUUAACCUUUCUUUGUUUUUAUCCUCGUUCUUUUUGUUUCCUUCUUUCUUUACACAUUUGUUCUUAUUUUAACUUAGCCUUUCCUCUUUCUCAUCUUUCUUUCUUUCUUUCUUUUAUCCUUGUUCUUUCUUUCUUUACUUCCUUUCUCUUCUUUUUAUCUCAGCCUUAUCUCUUUCGUUUUUUUUUUUCGUAUUUAUUUACUUCAGCAUUUCUUUGCUACUUUUUUUUGUACUUCUUUCUCUUUGCUUUCCCUUUUGUCUUUCCUUUGUGUACUUUCUUUUUUUUUUUUUGA